GCAACCUUCCUGCGCCGCUUCCCAGUUCAGUUCUGGGUGGAGAGCAGUUUGACGUCCCGCUUCCGCUGCGGCCGAAGAAACGAGAGUUGGAUUUUUGUCGAACCCCAGCCGCCGCCGCCGCCGCCGCCGCCGCCAUGUCCAACAACAACGCCAGCAGCAACCUGGUGGUCGCCCAGAGAGCCGUGAAGCAGCUCCGGUUAGAGGCCAGCACCCGCAGGAUCAAGGUGUCCCAGGCCGCCACCGAGCUGAAAAACUUCUGCAUGCAGAAUGCCAGCAAGGACCCCCUCCUCAUGGGAGUCCCCUCCAGCGACAACCCCUUCAGACCUCCCAAGUCCUGCUCGCUGUUCUGAGCAGCAGAAGGAACAUGAAGGAUUCCUCGCCUGUCAAAGCUUCACUUCACCUCUCGUCUGCGUCAUCGUAGACUUGCUCUGCAGCUCUUCACGGGGAGGAGGGAGGGAGGUUAAGAGGAGGAAACGCACUCAGUGCUGAAGGUUUUUUGUGGGGUUGAUGUUGAUCUACUAUUUUUAUUAUUAUUUUAUUUUUUAUUUUUUUGCCAAAACCAAUGGUAUCAUAUCUCCCAAUCUGUUACACGAAAGCACGGCCAAACUCUUACUUGUUCAACGAACAAGCAGAAGAUGUCCUUGACACUAACUUGACUAAUGAUUAAUCUGGUUUUGCCUAAGUGCUCAUCUAUUUACGGACUGCUGCCGCUGUUUGCUUUUUCAGGCGGUGCCCUUCUGAAGGGCCGGUGGAGGGAUAUUAAAUGUAAAUUCGAUGCAGGUUCUGUCCCAUCUGCAUUGUUUUGUGUCGUGUAUCUCUGUAAAACAUGAUGCCCAACGACAUUGCUGGCCAACUCACUGUACCGGUGCCUUUUUAAAAAAAAAGAAAAAAGAUUGAAGUACUGAAGCGAAAAGUGUCACAGUGAACCUGAGGUACUACAACAUGACAUACUUUAAAUGUUAGAAUAAGUGCUGGUUUGUUAUUCUUUUGCUUCUUUGUUUCUUUCACUCACCUUUUCGGUGCUUUUGUUGAAUCUUUUUAUUUAAAAUAAAAACACGCAAAGGCCUUGCACUAUUUGGAUAGUGGUAACAACUUUUAAUUUAUUUCACAUUGCACGAACGCUUGCGUCUGUAUCGAAAUCCUUCGGUGUUGUUUCGUAUUUAAUGAGUCGGUCUUCGUUUCUCCACGCUGGAAUCAACCAAAAAUCUUUCCUGCUGUCGGGUUUUCUGUGCAACGUUUGACUGGUUAGGAAACGACAGAAAUGCUGCCUGCAACUUUUUCCAUUUUUUUAAGUUGUCACUUUUCUCACUCGUGACUGCUUUUUGACAGUCCUUAAGUCUUGUCUGCGUCGCCGCGUGUAUUUUGACGCUUUUCCAAUCAAAUUAUUUGAGUGAAGUUGGACUAAAUUGGAUUUAAAAGUCGUCAUUUUAUCGUCGAUUGGAUCGGCUCUUCGCCGUGGCGGGGAGCUUGCCGGGCCGGAUUUGCUUUGUGUCGUCGAAUACGAGAAAUCUGCACAAAGCCAUAAGAAUCAUUGUUACCUGCCACCUCUAUGAUUUGUGGUGAAUGUAAUGUGUUUGUAUGAAAGGAAAUAAAUAAAAAAUAUAUAUAUACUUGCAA